AUGUCUGAUUGUGAUAGUUACCAUUCUCAAGACAUUCAUCAUGUCCAUGAAGAUCACCAUCGUGAUGAUCAUCAUCACUCUCAUCAUGAUUCUCAUGCCCAUGAUGAUGAUGAUCAUGAUAGUCAAAAUUUAAAUGAUCAUAGACAUCAAAGAUCAAAUUUUACUGAACCUGAACCUCAACCUCAACAAGAAGAUUCGGCUAUUUCUGAUUCCGGAGAUGAAGAUUCUCAACCUCAAGAACAACAACCUCAAUCACCAAGAAGAAUUGAAAAACAAAAGACAAGUUCAUCAGGAUCAUCCUCUUCUAGAAAACAUUCUAAGCAUUCCACAUCUUUCAAUAGUCCAAUGCGUCCUAUCAUUAUGACUGAAGCUCCAUCUGGAAGUGGACCAAUUAGUGGUUUAAGAAAAGAAUUUUAUUUAAAUUCAGAUAAUGAUGAUAAUGAUUAUGGUUUACAAAUCCCAUUACCAUCCAGUAAUAGAAGAAGAUCAAGAUCAAGAUCCAGAUCAAGAUCAUUCUCCGAUCAAAUUAAACAUUUCGUCACUAAUAAUAAAGAUGAUCCAUUAAUUACUGAUAAUCUUGAAAGUGAUUUAGUAUCUCCUAUGAUAAAGAUUAAAACUAAUGAUAGUGGAUUUUCUGAUGUAUACAGAAGAGGAGAUAGAAGAGCUUCAAGAUCAUCUAUUGAUAGUGAAGAUUCUCAUGGUUCAAGAACAUCUCAAGAAACUGAAGAAGAUGUUUGUUUCCCAAUGUCCAGAGAACAUAUUAGAAUUAAUGGGAUUGAUUUUGAUGAAAUUGAAGAAUUUAUAAAGGAUGAAAGAGAACAACAAGAAUUAAUGAGAAAACAACAAAUAUUAAAUGCUCAAAGAACCGCUACUCGUAUUUCUGCUAAUUCAACUGGUACAAAUUUAAAUAAAAGUUCAUCAUCUGCUUUAAAAUAUACUCCAAGAAAUAUCUUGAGAAAAACAAAUACCGUCUUGACUAAAUUUAGAACAAGAUUAACCACUACUCCAAAUGAUGAAGAAGCAGAAUUAGAUUCAUUAGCAUCCCUUCAUUCUGGUCAUAAUAAUGGUCAACCACCCGCAUUCACCGGUAUAAACCAAACCAAUACAACCACUCAUACCGAUAGUCAAUCUGAUCAAGUUAAAUUCGGAGGAACAAGAAUCACCGAUGGUUCAGCUGUUGGUAUUGAAAGAUUUUCAUUCUUUUCCUCCGAAUCAGAAGAAACCGUUCAUGCUCCCGAUAUUCCAUCAUUGGUCGAACCAGGUCAAAGUGUUCGUGAAUUAUUCCGUAAUGGGGAAGGAACAUGGUGGUUAGAUUGUGGAUGUCCUACCGAUUCAGAAAUGAAAGUUUUGGCUAAAGCAUUUGGUAUCCAUCCUUUGACAGCUGAAGAUAUUCGUAUGCAAGAAGCUCGUGAAAAAGUGGAAUUAUUCCGUAAUUAUUAUUUUGUUUGUUUCCAUACUUUUGAACCAGAUAAGGAAUCUGAAGAUUAUUUAGAACCUAUUAAUGUUUAUCUUGUGGUGUUUAGAGAAGGGAUUUUAACUUUCCAUUUCUCUCCAAUUUCUCAUCCUGCAAAUGUCAGAAGAAGAGUUCGUCAAUUAAGAGAUUAUGUUGAUGUCACUGCUGAUUGGUUAUGUUAUGCCUUAAUCGAUGACAUUACUGAUUCUUUUGCUCCAGUUAUUACUGGUAUUGAAUAUGAAGCUGAUGCUAUUGAAGAUUCAGUAUUUGUAGCUAGAGAAUUAGAUUUUGGAGGUAUGUUAAUGAGAAUUGGUGAAUCAAGAAGAAAAGUUAUGACAUUAAUGAGGUUAUUAUCGGGUAAAGCUGAUGUUAUUAAAAUGUUUGCUAAAAGAUGUCAAGAUGAAGCUCAUAAUCAACUGAUGGCCAUUGGAACUGAUGGUCAACCAUUACCUCAACUGGAACCUCAUUUACAUCAUCCUUCAAAUACUAAUUUACAUAGUGCUGGUUAUUCAAGUAGUGGCAACGGAACUCCAACUGCUCAAGUUUUAGGAGGUGGGGUUAGUUUUGGUCCUGCUCCUGGAGCUACCGCUGCUAAUUUGGGUCCAACUAAUCAAUGGCAAUUCCAACAAAGUAAUAGAACUCAACCAAGAGCUGAUAUUGCCUUAUAUUUAGGAGAUAUUCAAGAUCAUGUGGUUACUAUGUUUCAAAAUUUAUUAGCUUAUGAAAAAAUCUUUUCUAGAAGUCAUGCUAAUUAUUUAGCUCAAUUACAAGUUGAAUCGGUUAAUUCGAAUAAUAAAGUUACAGAAAUGUUAUCUACCGUGACAUUAAUCGGUACAUUGUUGGUGCCAUUGAAUGUUAUUACUGGUUUAUUCGGUAUGAAUGUUACCGUCCCUGGUGAACAAACAGGCUCAUUGAAUUGGUUUUUCGGUAUCGUGGCCGUAAUGGUUGCUAUUGUAUUGGUAUGUUUCUGGGGUGCUAAAGUUUAUUUAGAUCGUUUAAUGAAAUCUGAAACAAGACCAAAACCUCAAAGUUCAAGAAGAUCAAUUAAAAGUUUGGGAUUAAGAAGAAAUAGAGAUAGUGGUAAAUCCAUCAUUAGUUUCCCAAAUAAAUAUGAUUAG